GAUCAAAUCCUUCUGCUGUUGCAUGGAGUAAGCGGAAGAGAAUACCCUUUCUUUGCACGAACGAUCAGCCUUUCUGUAACAUGAGGAUGCUUUCUGGAUAAUUUUCAGUGAGUGACCACUCCAACAGGGAUGUGAUUCCACCACAUAUUCAACAAGCACACAUUCAUUAGAAUGCAAGCCGAUUCUCAGCGCCCAGGACAAUGGCAAAACUUUCAUGGCAAUGUGGACACAUCUGGAGACUGGACAUCCAAUAAUCCAGGCCACAUCCUUCACCACCAAUGUGUGGCACCUCAUCUUGCAAGCUUCACAUAUCCAAAUCAAAUUGCAACUGGAAAUGAGUUAACACAGUUCUCUUGCACAGUCCUACAGACAACCAGUGACAAAGGUUUGACUAGUAGCACUCAGUCUACUGAGAAUAUGAUGCCACCACAAGAAAAUAACUUCAAUUCAGAAUGUACAGGAAAACUGAACUCACACAUUAUUAUGUGGAACAUGCCCUCUUCUAAUUGCCAGAUGUUCUUGCCAGUGAACAACAUUAAUGUGCAGGGGUCUAUUUAUGUUGCAUCGAACAAUAAUGGGCCAAACAUGUCACAUUGUGCUCUCCGACCAAGCUCAGAGACCUUUAACUCAAAUAACAGUUCAUACACACAACAACAAACUACCUCCAUUUCAACUGGCCCAAGUAGCUCACAACAGUUUGAAGCAAACAGAACUAUGGACACCCAGAGUCACAAUGAAACUGAAAGAAAUGUGAAUACUAGAAGCCUGUAUAGUAGGCAGCAACAUGCAAAUACUGCUAAUAAUUUGCCAAAACAAACUUUGCUAAAUCAAAAUUUGUCAAAGUCUGCCAAAAAAAGAAAGUCAUCAUCCACCAUGAAAAAUCCUCUCCCAACAGAAAAUGCACCUCAUAGACAGAGUAGUCCUAUUGGUGGAUACAUUUACCCAUCUACCUGUGCUAAUCCGCAAACACUUUCUACUUGUAAACCGAACCUCCAACAGAACAAUGCUGCACAAAAAGCUGUUGCUGUUGUCACACCAUUAUCUCCGGUAGAAAUAGCAUCUGCUGAUUCUUCAAACAAAUCCAUACAUAAUACAAAGAUAAGUGUUCUUGAUGCAAGAUCAGCGCAAGGAACAAUACACCAUUAUCCGAAUAUUCCUCAUCCUCUGGCAAACACAAAUCUGAAGGCAAUGGGAGAAUCAAAUAACCCGACAAGCAAGCAUCCACGGCCAAGUUCAGGAGGAGAGCAAAGGCUAUAUGAUGGACUUUGUUAUGCAGCUGGAGCCAGAAGUCCUGUUUGGACUGAUGAGUCUACCAGUGAUAGUAACUGCACAGCCUCACCAAAGCUGCAUAGAGUGGUUACAGAACAAAAGGAGUCUGUGCUGUCAACUCUGAGACAAGCUAACGAAAAAAUGCCUAACAAUAACUGUGCAGUCACAGAUUCACAGAGGACGGCCAAAGAAGAAACUGACAGGUGCUCCCCUAUUCCUGUAAUAGAAUGGUCACUAGACAGAUUGCACACAUUAAUAGCCAUGGUUCAGCAAAUAGAUGAUGGACAUCAGAAAAAAGUCUGCAAAACAGAUCCUGGAAAGGAGAUUUUGAAGAUUUAUUGGAAUGGGGAUUUUUGCAAGUUUUGUAAUGCAGCUCAAACCGGCAUAUAUCAAAACAUAAUGAAAGAAGUCUUCUUUUACUGUCAGAAAAAUGACCCUGUGAUACUGAGGCAAAUUAGAGGUGAUAAACACAACCAAAUCGCCAAGGAUUUUCACAUUUUAAAACACAAUGAAACUCCACCAAAUAUGAUGCCCUACAAGUCAUCUUGGUUAAACCUUAAUGAGAAACUUGAUGACAUUGACAAGGAAUGUGGUUUUUCUUGGUUCUAUAGGUCUUUACAUGGUACCCCCCAGGAGAGGGAUGAACACAAAGUAAGCAACUCUGCUUGUGAAAUGACAAGCAAAUUGUUAGAUGCCUCUGCUCAGUUAGUGGCAGCUUGUCACAGUCAAUGCCAAGCAGAAGCAGUGAACAAAGUUCCAGUUGAAGAACAAAAAUGCUUGGAGUUAAAAGACACUAAAUCAGACAGUGAGAGUUUUUGUGAAAACAUGCAUGUUUCCUUGGAGCAAUUGCAACCUGUGACUGAUAACUGCUCAACAAAACUUAAUGUUGUGCUUACAGAACAAGCCCAUUCUCAACCAAGUAUUGUAAAUCCUCUGAAGACCAUGACUAAUCUGGUGAAGGUGUUAGAUAAACAAAAUGUCCCAACUGAAAUGUCAGUAAAGGCAAUGCUGGAUGACAGAUUUUGUAAUGAUGUUGAAGCCAUGUUGACCGAAUCAACCAGCCAAAGUAACCACACAAGUUUACCAAAGCUCAAUCCCAUGGUUGCAGAGCAACAGGAAUUUUUAACAUCUAAAAUAAAAAACAAAUCUAAUAUAAAAAUGGACAUCAAUGACCGCACAGUCACCGAUAACAAUGUGAGAUGUAAGACUUUGCCAAAACCUAAUUUAAAAUUGACUGUGCACAUAAAUAAAGAGGUGAUUGAGAAGAUUGAAGCUUCAGCCUCUAUUCAGAUUAAUGUUCUCCCACAGGAAAUGGCUAAAAAGUACUUUGCUGGUGAGAUUAUGGAAGAUAAGGACCUGCAAAAAGAUAAUUGUACACCACCAGAUAUGAUGGACAAGUCAUCUUCACUGGAUACACCCCAUGUAUUUGACCCAACAGCGGAAAAACAGAGAAACAUGGAGAAGUUGGAGCUAAAUGACACACAUGCAGACAAUUGGAGUCUUGGUGAAAACUUGCCUGUAUCCUUUAAUAAGCAAUCAAUACUUGUGACUGAUAAUUGCUCAGCUAAGAUUAAUGGAGUAGUUACAGAAAAAAACAAUUGUCCAUCAUCAAAUGUUGUAAAUCCACUGAAGGCCAGGAAUGUUUUGGUGAACAUAUUGGAUAAACAAUAUGUUUCAAAAAGAGCACAUCAGCACUCAACUGGAAUGUCAGAAAAGCCAAAUCUGAAUCACGGAUUUAGUAAUGGUGUUGAAACCAAAAGUUCCAUGUUGACUGAAUCAACCAGCCAAAGUAACUGCACAAGGUCAACAAAGCUCAAUCCUGUGGUUUUAGAACAAGAAUUUAAGCCAUCAACUCAAAUACAAAAUGGAUCCAAUAAAAACAGUUACUGUACAGAUAUAGAUAAGGGCGUGAGAUGUGCGAGUGUGCUAAAAGCUUGUGAAGAAGAGGAGACUGAGAAGAUGGACAUUUCAACCUCUAUUCAGAUUAAUGUUCUCCCACACAGAACUGCUGAACGGUGCUUUGCUGGUGAGAUGAUGGAAGAUAAGGACUUAGAAAAAGACAAUGCUGCACCAUCAGAGAUAAUGCACAAGUCAUCUUCGCUGGAAACACCCCAAGUAUUUGAAACCAUAUCAAUAGAAAAAUGGAGAAGUAUGGACCGGUAUGACAAGAAUGCAAAAAAUUCAACACAAUCAAUUCAAAGCACAUUAUUAGAUGUCCCUAAUAAGCCAUAUUUAAUGGAGCAUAAUUCAUACAAAACCAAAAUGGCAAACAAAGUACCAGUAGAAGAACAAUCAUCCUUGGAGUUGCAGGAGAAAAACUCCGAUAUUGAGUGUCUUUCUGAAAUCUUGCCUCUUUCCAUUGAGCAAUCAAUAGCUGUGGCUGAUAAUCACUCACCGAAACAUAAUGAUUUGGUUACAGAACAAACUAAUUCUGAAACAAAUUUUUUGAAUCCACUAAUGGCCAUGACCAAUCUGUUGAGGUUACUGGAAAAAACUGAUGUUUCAUUAAGAAGGCAUCAGUGCCAAAUUGGAAAGCAUGAUAUUUUGGACCAAAAACAUCAAUACUCAACUCCAUCAGAAGGGUCAAGGCUGGGAGAUCGUUUUAGUAAUUGUGCUGGAGCCAAAAGUCUUCAUGAAUCCUCAAGUCAAAGUGAUGGUGCAAGCUCUCCAAAACAUAAUCCCGUGGUUGGAAAACAACCGGAUUUAGUGGUGUCAUCACUAACACAAAAUGAAUCCAAUGAAAAAUUGUCUAACAGGGACUGUGCGGGCACAGAUAACUGUAUGAGAGAUGAGACUGAGCCAAACCCUUGUACAGAAGUUGUGGCUUAUACAAAAGAAGAUGACAUUGGCUUGGACUCUUUAGCAUCUCUUAAGAUUAAUGUUCUCUCACACUAUAUAGCUAAACAGUGUUUUGCAGGUGAGGUGAUGGAAGAUAAUGGCUUGCAAAAAGACAGUGCUGCUCCACAGGAGAUGCAGCACAAGUCAUAUGGGUUGCAUCUUCUUGAGGAACUCUACAAGUCUUUUAACGAUACACCCCAAAUACAUGAACAAACAUGCUUGAAGUUAAAUCAGACUCUUCCUGAAAACUUACCCAUUUCCUUUGAGCAAUCACUACCUGUGACUGAUAACGGCUUGCCAAAGCCUAAUGGUGUGGUCAAAGAAGUAACCAACUGUCAACCAAAAUUUGUAAAUCCACUGGAGGCCAUGACUUAUAUGGCUAAGAAACUGGAAAGACUGAAUGUUUCAAACAGAAAACGUUUACGUCAAAUAUUAAAUGAACAAAACAGUGUUCUGAAAAGAAAGCAUCAAUGCUCAAUUCGAACAUCAGAAACGUCAAGGCUGGAUGACCAUUUUAGUAAUUGUGCUGGAGCCAAAAAUCUUGUGUUGAUUGAUGAAUCAAGCAGUCAAAGUGAUUGCACAAGCUCACCGAAACGUAAUCCUUUUGUCGCAGAACAACAGGAGUUUGUGCCAUCUCAAAUACAAACUGAACCAAAUGAAAAAAUAACUAACAAUGACUGUGCAGGAACGGAUAAGAGUGUUUUAUGUGAGACUGAGCCAGAACCUAGUGGAGUUGCUGUGGACGCUUUAGCCUCUGUUCAGAUUAAUGUUCUUUCACACGAAAUGGCUGAACAAUGGUUUACUGGUGAGAUGGAAGAUCAAAGCUUAGAAAAGGCCAUGGCUAAACAUCCUUCCAGUGAGGACCAGCUAAAAGUUCUAGUCCUGGAUAUAAGGUCUGACACAGAAGUGCUCAUAGAAGAUGUUAAGCCAAAAGAAAGCAACAAUCAAAGUGAUGUUCAUGAUGAGUUGGAGUCUUACUGUUGUCUUGCUAAAUGGUUUCAAAUUUUGCAAUAUGGAGAUGGCUCAUCAUGCAAGUGCCAGGAAAAAGCAGUAUUGAAUGAAAAGGGGACUGAAAUAGAGGCCCAUGCUACGAAUUUAGAGGUGCUGACAAAUAAAGAUGAUGGUAGCAAUGCCUUCUUUGAUGAAUGUGGACCUAUGGAAUUGGAAUUUGGUUCUCCUGAAAGAAUGGACGAAAAUGCUUCUCAAAGCACAGAGGCAAAAAACCCAUUAAUGUUACAUACAAAUGAUGCUUAUGUUGACAAGAUAAACAUUGUGAAGGACAAUACAAGUUCUGAAAUAGAGGUAUUUGAGGUAGAGAGAGUGAUGUCAGAGCAAACAGAAGAGCAAUCGCCUUCAAAAUGUGCAACAAAUGAGACUCUGAAGCUUUGUGAGGUGGAGAAAGACCCCUUAGAUCCUGAUUCUAAGAGACAGAAAACCAAAACUAUAUGUCUUUCACUGUAUGGGUCAUCUUCAGAUGGAAGCAAUAAAGUAAUGCCAACAAGAAGAUAUCAAGUUAAAGAAAGUUGUCAAGAACCACCAGAAACUCUUAGAGUAAUUUUAAGCUCUCAUCAGAAGACAGAAGAGAAAAGCAAGUCAAAUAAGCGUAAAUGGCUAGAAUCUCUGAACAAUGAAGAUGCUUUGGAGACGAGACGGAAAAUAUUUGGAGCAUCCUUUACAACCAUUGAUCCGAGCAGAUCCUCCCCUUCACAUGAAAUAACCCAAAAAAGAGUUUCUGAAGUUUCCAAAGAAAAUGCACUUUCAUCACCAUCAAUCAGUAAACUGGUUAGUCCAAGUUUUAAUCCCCAGAGCAAAGUCCAUUUUGCUGACGGAAAUAGACGAAAGGGAAAACUGAAUGAUAGAACAAAACAAAUUUCUAUUAAUAAAUUUAUUAUAAGGGGGAAGUACAUGCCAUCCAAAUCUUCUUUGCAGUCACCUUUGACUGUAAUGAAAAGUCAAUACGAAAUGGGGAACCCUGCUUUGAUGCCAUUGGAGGAGGGUCUUGGGUUGGAAUUUAAAGUAUUGCCCAAGUCUUUCAACUUUACGGAUGGAAAUGAACUCAAUGGCGAUCAAGUGGACAAGUCCACAAAUUCAAAAAAUGAGAUGUCACACCCAGAAGAUAAACUAGCUAGAAGGAUGAAGACUAGCCAUGCAACACAAGGUGCUUGGUGUUUCACCCCCUUGAAGAUGAAGCACACUGGUUCCAACCAAGCCACAGAUGUCUCUGGCUCAGGCAGCCUCUUCCAAGAAUUCAAGAAGAGAUUUCAUGACAAGAACAGGGAAAACGCCUCCAGACAGAACUUAAAUUCUAAGUAAAGGACUUGAAUUCUUAUUAUAAUUUAAGAAAAUUGGCUCAUUCUCAUGUUUUUACUCUCUGUGAAUAUGAUCAGCCUCCCGAGUGUUUUCAAAUGGGACCAUACUUUGCCAUUUUACUUUACUAUAUUUUAUUUUUAAUGCAUUCAUUUGCACAUUGAUGAUGCUUUUAAAUGGCUUGUUUGGUGUUACUGUGAGAGUCUGAGUUUUAUACAACUUUAUUCAAAAGAUACAUUGUUUGAGUGGGGUCAUUGAUAUUUAUAUAUUUUUGCUGCUUUAUUUCACUGGUUUGUUAUAUUUGUCUUUUGAUACAGUAUUUUUGUACAUUUGUAAUAAAAUCUUUUUUUUGUUGAA